UAUACGCGAGUCAUAACGGCGAAGAGGAGAGACCGCCGGAGAGAUCGCCGACGGAGGAAUCCGCGCGGGCGGAUCGCCGUCUCGGAUUUCUUCGUUCGGAUGGCGAACUUCGGCGGCGAUAGUUCCACCACGUGCCCGCAUACAUACAGGCGCGUGCACAUGAUCGCUGUCAAACGCUGUCAAACGCUCAGAUAAAAGAAACGAUAAAAGUUAAACGGUUUUCUUCGCGAUAAUCAGUACGAUUACGAUUGCAUCCACGUUACCAUGUCCGGGAGCGACGUAAAGCAAGCUCUCCGAAAGCUGGACUUCCCUUACUGUGCCAGGGAAGCUCUAUGUAGAAUCGAGGUGCUUUGCUGCAGGCCUGGCAAGCAAGUAGACUUGCAAAUGGAUUUAAUAUCAGAGUUUGUAUUCGGAGAGAUAGAAAAGCGAAAGAAACGUAGCACAACACAGGCAAUACAGGAGUUGCAGCUGAUAGAAAUCAUGAGUGACUUUUUCCAAAGUCCAGGUGGCAGUCCUGCAGUACGCAAUGCUCUCUUCUUAUCGCUCUUUCCAGCAGACAGUCCUAGAUAUAAGAUUCUAGGUAACCUGGUAUCGUUGGCAAUCGCUACACAAAACAAAGCAGUUCUAAAUGCAGCUGGCAUUUGGAUGCAGCAGUUGGGCUCUACCUCGCCGCAGAGCGUAGGACUGGCGAGGCACGUGCUCAAUGAUUAUUUCGUGCUUACUCCAAGAUCCAUCGACAAGCUGAAGCAGCUGCCAGUGCUCACUCCGCAUUUCACUGCCAAUCUGCUAACGGCGAUAGGUGAAGUUUACGAGGACAAAGAUCCACCUACCGAGCUACUCAGAUUGGUAGGCGAAUGGAUUGACGAAAAUCCGAGUUUAUUGUUGACGCCUCUGACGGAUAAUCCGGCAUUGCCUACUGGUGGAAUUCCGAUGACUCCAAUAACACCUAUAGCGGGCCUAUUCAGAUGGUGUAUAUUGAGUCCUCUGCGUGAUACUACGAACAACAUAGAGACUCAAGAGGAGUCGCGAAAAUUUUAUUCAAAAGUUCAACAGUUACUCAUGGACUCAGUACUACGACUGAAUAACAGUGGUAGCAAUAAGCAUGCGAUUUCAGCGCAACAUUUGGCCUCUACUACUCGUUUAUUGACAAUGAAUCUGCAGAAUCGGCCGAACGUCGACACAGUCUUGCGUGACCUAGCUAUGGAACGACUCGCACAAGCAGUCAGCGCAGCCAUGUCUGCGAACUGCAUUUAUGGAAAUAAACAAGAACUAUUAGCCCUUCUACAACCAUUAUCGUAUCAGCAUUUUUUGAUAGAAUGGACAUUACAAACUUACGCUACUAAAGCAACUUAAGAUGAAAAUAACUGUUAGAUUGAUGCAAAAAUAAUGUUAAGCUUUUACUUUUCCGAUUUGGUUCAAAUGGCGAACAAUUGUUGCUUGAUUAGUUGUUAGUUAUUUUCUAAUAGUUUUUAAUCCGUUUCAAUAAUUGUCUUCAAGUUGUUAUCGAUGGCUGAAGGUUAUUCUUUUCAAUUCUUCAUUUUCAAGGCUCUCAUGCUGCUGCUUUUAAAUUUAGUUUCGAUUUGUAUAAAAAAUUGCUUGGAAUUGCUUUUUUUUUAUAUUUAAUAAUAAUAAUGAUUGAUCACAAAGUUAACAUCGAGAACAAAAUUAUUGAUAGAAUUAACAGAGCGAAAUUAAUACUUGAAAUGAUGCAACAUGAACAUAAUUGAACAUAUUAUUUAACAUAUUAUAGAAUAAAGCACCAAAGUUUAAAACAGUAAAAAUCAAUAACAUUUUUGCAUCAACUUAAUAAUGAUGACGACGGCGGCGACAAUAACGAUGAUAAUGUAGUUUAUUUUGAUCGUGAUAUUCUAAAUAAUUAUUAUUUGUACAUAAAAAUACAAUCAUUAAACAAUUGUAUAUUUGUUUUACUAAAAAAUAAAACGAUUCUGACAAAA